GAGGCGGGGCAGAGUCCACCUUCCCGGCGGAGCAGGCCAGUCCUUCGGCUGCUUCGGCGGGCCGGCGGCUCGCCCCGGCCCGGCCCGGCCCGGCCCGGCUUCCCGGGCAGAAUGACUACCUUUUGCGUGAUGAAACUUUUAUGUCAAGCCACCAGAAAUGAGAAUAGAUACGCAAAAAGAUUCUUCAGUACUCUUCUGACCCAAACACCACAGAAGAGGGUCUUUUCUCCCUUCUGGAUAGCAGUACCUGACCCUAGAAAGUCAACUGUGUUUGGACUUACUCAACCAUUUUGUACAGCUGAAAAAUCUCACACAGAACCAAAACGGAAAGCAUUUGGAAGCAUUGGGCGAAGAAUUCCCCAUCGGAUUUUGCACAUUAUCAACCAGGAUGGGGAGAGCUUAGGAAGUAUGCACCGAGCAGAGGCACUCAAACUUAUGGAUCAACAUGACCUGAAACUAGUUCUCCUUCGUGAGAAUGUAGAACCUCCUGUAUACAGACUAAUGACUGGGCAGCAGAUUCAUGAAGAACAGCUUAAACGUGCAGAGAAGAAAAAAGCAAGUCCGAAAGCAGGGAUGGUUCAGAAGGAGUUAUCCUUUUCUUCAGCUAUUGCCAAGAAUGACUUAGAGACCAAGACUAAACAGAUAGCACAAUGGAUUGAAAAGAAAUACCAUGUUAAAGUUACCAUCCGGCAAGCAAAAGAUGGCAAUACAGACAUGUUCAUGAUUUUUGAUCAGAUUUUGGAGACCAUCUCUGAGAAAGCCACUUAUCUUUCCAAGCCAAAAGUUACUAGAGAAGGAGUGAGUACCUGUAUUUUGAGACAUAUGUCUGACAAAGAGUUGAAAGCAUACCAGAAGACAGAAAAACAGAAAAACAGUACAGUAAAGAAAGAUGAAAAUGAAGAUCUGAAGUCAAGUGAGUUGCAUCAGUGACUUUAUGAAGAGAUGUAAACAAUAAUUUUUUAUUUAAAAAAAGGACUAUGAACUUAAUAAAGUUACUGCUGA